UUCCUUAAUGAAUGGUUCAAAAACAGCUCUCUCCGGAUCAUGGAAUCAGGCAGUCAAGAAAUCAGUGUUCAAGAUGAGGCUGUGGAUAAAAGAUGUUUUAAGACAUGCAAGCAAAUUGCCUUUUACAGGCGUCAGAAAUGUUUAUGUCCUGGGAAGUCCCCAUACCAAGCCUUACUGCAAACUGUGGAACUAUCCAACAGUAAUGUCAAAUUCCAAAUUUUCAAUGAAGAUAGCAAGGUAACUCUUUCAGUAGAAGUGUAUGAAAUAGAGGGCAAUAUUUUCAGGCUUAAAAUUAAUGAGGUAAAUCCACUCAAGCCAAGAUACGAAGUCCCUGAUGUUCUCAUAAAGGAACCAGCUAGCUUGAGGCUGAAAAUAUCAGAGAAAGAUGCAGACAAAUUUGUGCUGAUAGGUGCUGAGCAAGACCAGCAGAUUCAUAUAAUGGCAAAACCUUUUCAAAUACAGCUUAUUUCUAAGGAUGAAAUUUUACUGAGCAUGAAUUCCAAUGGCCUGUUGUAUUUGGAACACCUGCAGUCGCCACCUCAAAGCAGGAAAUCUACUUCACAAGAAAAGGAAAGUGGACUGGCAGACCCUUUUAAGGAAACUGAAGAAGAUUUAGGUCACUGGGAAGAAAAGUUUGGCAAAUUUUUAGACAUCAAAGCUAAUGGUCCUAGCAGUGUAGGUUUAGAUGUUUCUUUGCAUGGAUUUCAACAUCUCUAUGGAAUACCUCAGCAUGCAGAAACCCUCCUCUUGAAAAAUACCAGUGAUGAUGAUGUCUACCGGCUUUAUAAUCUAGAUGUCUUCGGAUAUACCAUCCAUAGCAAAAUGGGCAUUUAUGGUUCAGUGCCCUUACUCUUAGCACAUAAGCCUGAUCAGACAGUUGGAAUCUUUUGGCUAAAUUCCUCAGAAACAUUGGUGGAGAUUUCUACAAAAGCUUCAAUGAAGGUUUUACCUUCCCAAAUUCCAGACAUGUCCAAGCAGAGGGUAGUGCCUCAAACUGAUGUGCGCUGGAUGUCAGAAAGUGGAAUCAUUGACAUAUUCAUCUUAAAGGGACCCAGUCCUUUUGAUAUUUUUAAGCAGUAUGGACAGCUAACAGGCACUCAGGCUCUGCCUCCCCUCUUCUCUCUUGGGUACCAUCAAUGCCGCUGGAAUUAUGAAGAUGAGGAUGACGUAAAAAAAGUGGAUGCAGGUUUUGAUACCUUUGACAUCCCCUAUGACGUCAUAUGGCUAGAUAUCGAGCACACCGAUGGCAAACGAUACUUCACUUGGGACAAGAAGAGAUUUCCCAAUCCUGAGAAGAUGCAGAAGCAGCUACUUAUGAAGAAAAAACGCAAGAUGGUUGUCAUUGUGGACCCUCAUAUUAAGAUUGAUCCUCGUUAUACUAUAUACUCACAAGCAAAAGCGAAAGGAUUCUUUGUUAAAGAUCGUAAUGGUGAAGAUUUUAAGGGCAUCUGCUGGCCAGGUCUCUCAUCAUACCUGGAUUUUACCAAUCCUGAAGUCCGACAAUGGUAUGCAGAUCAAUUUGACUUCAAAAGAUACAAGAGUUCUUCUGAAAUUCUUUUUAUCUGGAAUGAUAUGAAUGAGCCUUCAGUCUUCAAAGGGAUAGAACAAAGCAUGUCAAAAGACGCUAUUCAUUAUGGCAAAUGGGAACAUCGAGAUGUUCAUAAUCUCUAUGGCUUUUACCAGCAAAUGGCAACCGCAGAAGGGCUGGUGAAACGAAGUGGAGGACUGGAAAGACCCUUUGUUCUUACCCGCUCUUUCUUUGCUGGAUCGCAGAAGUAUGGUGCAGUGUGGACUGGAGACAAUAAAGCAGAUUGGAGUUACUUGAAAAUCUCCAUUCCAAUGUUGCUGACAAUCAGCAUUGCGGGAAUUUCUUUCUGUGGUGCGGAUGUAGGUGGAUUUAUUGGAAAUCCAGAGCCAGAACUACUGGUUCGAUGGUAUCAGGCUGGGGCUUUGCAGCCUUUCUUCAGAGGCCAUGCCAAUAUGAAAACCAAACGUCGUGAACCCUGGCUAUUUGGGAAGAAGAACACAAAGAUCAUCAGGGAAGCUAUUAACGAGCGCUACUCCCUGCUUCCUUACCUUUACACGUUGUUCUAUCAGGCACACAGCAUGGCUGAACCAGUUAUGCGAGGUGAGGUGGCUCCUACUCUUCUGGCCUUCUGGAAGAGCAUUAAGACCUUUCUGCCAAUGAGCGUAGGGAUCCAAGAAUGGUAUCCAGUCCUGGGGGUGAUCUGGUAUGACUUCCGAAAAUUUAGACGUCUGGAAGGUCAUGGCAUAUUGAAGAUCCCAGUCACAUUGAAUAAUAUUCCUGUGUUUCAGCGUGGUGGGACUAUUAUACCUCUAAAGAUUUCUGUAGGAAAAUCCACAGAAUGGAUGGUAGAUGUUCCAUAUGAACUGCGUGCUGCCCUAGAUGAUAAGGGAUGUGCAACAGGUAAAUUAUACCUGGAUGAUGGCCACUCAUUUCAUUAUCUCCAUGAGAAACAGUUCCUGCUCAGAAAAUUCAGCUUCCAUGAGAAUGUCCUCUCCUCCAGAUGUCCUAGUGAAGAAGGGCUAUUCCAGACAAAAUGCAUAGUUCAACGGAUACUGAUUUUGGGAAUAAAAAAGAAGCCCUCUGUUGUGACAACAACCAUGUUUGAUGGAAAAGAAGACAAGACAGAGGCUUUCACAUAUGAUACCAAAAAGUCUGUGCUGACCCUUCAAAAACUUUCCUUAAACAUUGGCAAUAACUGGGAACUUCGUAUCAAAUGAAAGCACAACAUCAGAUAUGCUGAUUCUGUAAACCGCUUAGAGAGGGCUAUAAAGCACUGUGAAGCAGUAUAUAGGGUAAGUCUUAAGUGCUAUUGCUAUUCAGAGAGGCAGAUGAAAAACUGAAAAAUAAUAUUUUGAACAAUUUAGCAUGGUUUUUUUUAAUGGAUUUUUUGGAAAUAGACCAAAUCUCAAAUUUGACAUACUAUCUACCGAUUGUAUAAUUUAAUUGAUUCAUAUUCAAAAUGUUCUUCAUGGAUGAAAACUUUUUGAUAUUAUUUGCAAAAAAAAAUGUUCCAGGAGAAAAUUGGUCUUCUCUAGAUUUUGCAGUUCUGUAUUAAAUGUUUAUAUUUUUAGUAUACCCAUGCAAUGGUGCUCUUGCUUUUAUAACACUUUUAAAGUAAAUUAUCUGCCUAUGUUUUAAUUGGUGCAAUGUUCAGUUUCUUGGUGGAUUCUUUUUAGCAAUUUGACACAUUAAUUCUGCCAAAACGUUCUUAGAAAGAAGAAAUAUGAAUGAGAAUAGUUAUAAUAGGUAUACAUCAAACGCAGAGAGAUUCUGCGUCAUAAAGCAUAAAUGUAUUUUUAUGUGGGUAAAGACAUUUUGAAUUAAUGAACUGAAUUAAUGAACUCUAGCCUCCUUUUAGCUGGUGCACUUCAGAUUUGUUGGACUAUAGAAUCCCCAUAAAAAUUGUGAGAAUCAUCCUCCCAUUAUGUACAAAAAGAAACCCGACCAAUGAUAUGAUAAACUGAAAAGGAAUGGCAAAACAGUAUUACAAUAAGGAAACUAAUUCAUGCUUUAUUUUGCUGAGCAAUUAAUAUUUCAUAUGGAAAAAAAUUACCAAAAGUAACUUUUUCUGUUUGCAGAGCUAAGAGGUAUAAUUGCCAUUUCAGUAUUAAAGGGGCCGUAUUUUAAGCGUUCAAAACGUUCAUAGUCUCGUGUCUUCACAAUAAAUGCCUCUUCUUUCAGAGCAUACCUGCUUAUUGAAGCAGAACUAAGAUAUAACUAUUAGAAUCAUGUAUGGGUGGUGUAAACAUUUUUGAUAAAUAUAUUCUGCA